AUAUCGUACUCUUCAUGGAGUACUAUAAAACUGGGACUUGCAAACCAAAUCACUCUAUAAAAUAUCUUGCAUUUCUCAAUUAAGAAGUCACCAUCUCAGGUGGAGUUCUCCGGCGAUCAAUCGUCGUCUCUUCCGUUUUCCGUGGGGAAUAGGUAUUAGUGAAAAAAGGAUGGAGAUGAAACAGCAGUUAGAGUGGAAUGAAGCUCAGAAGACUCUGAUAAAUGUGGACCUUGUUGCUGCAGCUAAAGAACAGCUCAAGUUUCUUGCUACCGUUGAUAGAAACCGUUGGCUGUAUGAAGGCCGUGGCCUGGAUAAAGCCAUUCAUAGGUACUACUCAUGUUGGCUACCACUGUUGGCAAAACACUCUGAGUCCCCCUUCUUUGACGGGCCCUUGGUUGUUCCUUUGGACUGUGAAUGGAUUUGGCAUUGUCACCGGCUCAAUCCUGUUAGAUACAAGACUGACUGUGAGAAUUUAUAUGGGAGAAUUCUUGACAACCAUGAUGUUGUAUCUUCUGUGAAUGCAAAGUCAAAACAGGAUACCGAAGAACUGUGGAAACACUUGUAUGCAAACGAGCCUUAUGAUUUGGACUCAGCUAGAGCUCUUUCAGAAGAUGUCCAUGCAAAAGCUGAAAAGUACAGUGAUUAUGAUCUAGUCUCUGCUGUUUCACGGCAAAGCCCAUUCUUCUACCAGGUGUCUAGACCACACAUAAACAACAAUCUCUAUCUUGAAGGUGCUGUGGCUCGAUACAAGGGUUUCUUACAUCUGAUCCGGAGAAACAAAGAAAGAUCCAUUAAGAGCUUCACUGUUCCAACUUAUGACAUAGACCUUAUCUGGCAUACUCACCAGUUACAUCCUGCUUCUUAUUGCAAAGACCUUGUUGACAUUAUGGGUAAGAUUUUAGAACAUGAUGACACUGACUCAGAUCGAACAAAAGGGAAAAAGUUGGAUACUGGCUUUUUUCGAACUACAAGGCAGUGGGAAGAAACAUAUGGUUUAAGAUAUUGGAGGGCAGGUGCUAUGUAUAGAGGCAGUUCACCAUCUCCUCUUGGGAAUUCUUAUUACCCCUCCAACCCUGUAAGCAAGAGUGCAGAUAUUUUCCAUGAGCACCAAAAGAUAAUGCAGUAUCCUGAGAUGGAAGCAGUAGAAGUUAUGUUAGAGCUUGUAGAUAUCAGAAAUCUACCAGAAGGACGCGAGGGAAGCUUCUUUGUCUCAUUUAGCAAGACUCAGCCUGAUAGAAUCUUCAAUGCAAAGAGAAAACUUACUAUUUUGUCCAUCACUGGGGAAAAACAGGUUGCUUCUUUCCAAUGUGAACCUAAUGGUCAUCUUCUUUUUGAUCUCAUGUCAUGCUCAUCGUCUGGUUUACCUAUUCCAAAACCUGUUAAAUCUGUGGGUUCUGUUAAAGUCUCUUUAGAAGAUUUGGUUUGCCCGACUUCGAAACUUACAAUGGAAAAGUGGUUGGAAGUUGUGCCAAGCUCUAAAAUGGAAACACUAAAGCCAAUCUGUUUACGAGUAGCUAUCUCAGUUACAACACCUACUGCAGCACCAUAUGUCUUUCACUUUGUCCGUCCUCGAGCAUUCUCCAAAAAUUCUUGCUUAUUCCCACUUCCUGGUAGGAUUCAGCAUGCUAAGAAUUGGACUCGCAUCAUUGAUGAUGCUGGUGAUGAGGUCAUUAGCCUUCAAAUGAGGGACUCGAAGAAAUCCAAGGGUGAAACUGAUUCUACAUUGCACAAGGAGGUGGUUGGCGUCAGCAAGUCCGGCGAGGUACAUUCUCUUGCUGAGUUAGUAGGGAAAGAGUGGUUGCUGUUAGAUGCAAAGUGGUCUCUUCAACUUCAAACAUCCAGCAGUGAUGAUGGCCACCUUUUUGAGUUGGCUGGUCAGAGGAAUGUGAAAUUCUUCCCUGGUCAGAGGCUGGAUUAUGAGCACAAGUAUUGUACAAAGCAAAGGAGUCAAGAUGAUUUUAUGACAGCGGUAGAGUUCUCUGCACAGGAUCCUUAUGGAAAGGCAGUAGCGUUGGUUGACUUGAAAUUUGGAGUUAUCAGUGUGACAGAGGAGUGGUUUCUUUUGCCUGGUUCUAUAACAGCUUUUGUACUUUGUGAUACGUUGAAGAAGGAAGGGUAUAGUAGCUUGGUAGGCAGUGCUAAACAUUCGAAAGAGAAGAAUUUGUCCACUCAAGAAACUGAUGUGUGCCAUGAAGAGGACAACAGAGCUAAUCUGGAAUCUGAGACAGAGAAGGGGGUGAAGUUGGACCUGGAGGCUACCAAAGGAAGCAUUGUAGCACCCGUAAAUGAAGCAAUCAGUGGAGGCUGCGGUAAUCUUAUGAAGAGGGGAGCCUAUGGUAGUUGUGGUGCUGUUUUUGGAAACAAAUUAAAGAGUGGUGGUUGUGGUUGUGGAAGUAUGUUAGAAAGCGGCGGCUGUGGAGGCUGUGGUGGCAGCGGUUGUGGAGGCUGUGGUGGUGGUGGUUGUGGAAGUAUGUUAGAAAGCGGUGGUUGUGGAGGCUGUGGUGGCAGUGGUUGUGGAGGCUGUGGUGGUGGUGGUUGUGGAAGUAUGUUAGAAAGCGGCGGCUGUGGUGGUGGUGGCUGUGGAAGUAUGUUAGAAAGCGGUGGCUGUGGUGGCAGCGGUUGUGGAGGCUGUGGUGGUGGUGGUUGUGGAAGUAUGUUAGAAAGCGGCGGCUGUGGUGGUGGUGGCUGUGGAAGUAUGUUAGAAAGCGGUGGCUGUGGUGGCAGCGGUUGUGGAGGCUGUGGUGGUGGUGGUUGUGGAAGUAUGUUAGAAAGCGGCGGCUGUGGUGGUGGUGGCUGUGGAAGUAUGUUAGAAAGCGGUGGCUGUGGUGGCAGCGGUUGUGGAGGCUGUGGUGGUGGUGGUUGUGGAAGUAUGUUAAAAAGCGGCGGCUGUGGUGGUGGUGGUUGUGGCUGUGGAAAUAGGUUAGAAAGUGGCGGCUGUGGAGGUUGUGGUGGUGGUGGCUGUGGAAAUAGGUUAGAAAGUGGCGGCUGUGGAGGUUGUGGUGGUGGUGGCUGUGGAAAUAGGUUAGAAAGUGGCGGCUGUGGAGGUUGUGGUGGUGGUGGCUGUGGAAAUAGGUUAGAAAGUGGCGGCUGUGGAGGUUGUGGUGGUGGUGGCUGUGGAAAUAGGUUAGAAAGUGGCGGCUGUGGAGGUUGUGGUGGUGGUGGCUGUGGAAAUAGGUUAGAAAGUGGCGGCUGUGGAGGUUGUGGUGGUGGUGGCUGUGGAAAUAGGUUAGAAAGUGGCGGCUGUGGAGGUUGUGGUGGUGGUGGCUGUGGAAAUAGGUUAGAAAGUGGCGGCUGUGGAGGUUGUGGUGGUGGUGGCUGUGGAAAUAGGUUAGAAAGUGGCGGCUGUGGAGGUUGUGGUGGUGGUGGCUGUGGAAAUAGGUUAGAAAGUGGCGGCUGUGGAGGUUGUGGUGGUGGUGGCUGUGGAAAUAGGUUAGAAAGUGGCGGCUGUGGAGGUUGUGGAGGGAAUAGUUUGAAAAGCAGUGGUUGUGGCGGCUGUGGUGGCGGUGGAUGUGGUAAUGGUUUGGCAUCUAUGACAACUGUUGAAGUUAAUGCAUAAAUGACAUCCCAAAGGAGGGUGGUCAUGACUUUGAUGCACCGUUUUUUUGUUUGUUGAACCCUUUUCAGAUUACAACACUAAGCUUGCUGUGUCUUGUACUUAGGAUUUCAACUGUUGGAAAUGUUUGUUGUGUUAUUAUGAAUGUAAAAAGGAAAUAAUGUGUUAUAUGUUGUUGUAGUGACUGGUUUGUGUGUAUUAUGGAAUAAUGCAGAAGAGUGCCGUUUGAGCAUCUUUUCAAUGCUUGAUGAAUUAUUGCUGUGAAGCUCAUUUA